AAUUGUGUACAUAAAAACCUUGGGUGAUUUGUGUAUUUUGAAUGGCAUCCCAGGGUCCCCUAGACAAACAGAAACGCAACGAGAAUCUGCAGACGACAUCACAGACUUCGAAUAGCGAAGGAGACACUAAUUUGUCAACUCAAAAUACUAACCCCAAUAACAGAAACUCAUCGGGUCCCAUCUCUUCGCUUGUGAAUGGAAGGAACACUCCGUCAGUUGAUGGAUUCAGUCCGGGACAAUCGAGAAUUGAAACUGGCUUGCAAACCAACCCAAGUCCGGUUACUUUCGUGACUCAAGGUGCAAGCAAGAAGAAACCGAGAAAAGGUCCAACUCAAAGAGAGAGCCAGCAGAAUUAUGCAACGGCUAAUGGGCCCAAUAGUUCAUAUUCGAAACAGGGUAAGGAGAAUGAAAGAAGAGGAUCGACUAGUACUAAUGAAUAUGCGAAUUCGAGAGGAAUGACUGCUGGACGAAAGGAUGUGAAGUCGAGUGAAAAUGGCGGAGGCGGAGUGAGUAAUAAGUCGAGAAGCUACGAAGACGUUUCAGCGAGUGGGGCAGACAGAACGCAGAACUCGUCACUAGAUUCGAACGACUCGCAGUCGACUCUGACGUCAUCGAAUUCAUUCAACUCGAGUAUAACUGCAAACUCACUGCAGGGUUCAUCACGCGGAAGUGUAUCCUCCUCCAAAUCAUUUUCAUCUCCAAAAAAGAGUCACAAUCAUCAUGGCAACCAAAACAAAUCACACUACCCUAUGCAGCACAGCAAUAACAGAGGCUAUCAAGGUCACAAUGAGGGUCACAAUGCUCAUCACUAUUAUGUGAACAAAAACCCGAUGAACAGAAACAACAAGGCAAGAGGGCGCGGUGUGGGAGCACAGUCGGCGUUGAAUUACGGAGCACCAUAUCAGAAUCAGAAUGCAAGGUACAACAGAGCAGGAAACCGCAACGGGGGCAAUAUGCAAGGGCCAUCUGGCGGAGGGACAGGAGGAAACGCUUUUCCUGGUCAGAGGAAUGGGGACAACUCAUCGAAAGGUUACCAAAGGUCGAAGACCCAGAACAACUCCAUGCACCACCAGAGCAGAGACGACCAUCAAGGUUAUGAGAUGAAUAACGUGAAUAACGACAGAUAUGCUCGUUCACCUGUCGAUCUUCUGGCUGUACUGCGACCACCCCAGCUAGCUUCAGAGGGGUCUAGUAUUUGCACAGUACCGUCUCUACCAACCCAACAAGCAGCCUCUGUGGUCGCCUCGAAUGAAGAUACGACUCAUGUGGCCAAUCAGUCAACAACUACAACUUACUUUUCGCGAUCUCCGAACGGAACCAAUUCUUCUUCCGUGGCACCCAGUCCCUCUCAGACUCCUAGUCUAAAUCAGAAGGGUUUGAAUUCCAACGAAAUGGGAUCUACCCAGGAUCAGGACCAGAUGAUGUCAUGUGUAGUUAACCACUCGUUCCAAGUAUCCCAAGCACAAAUGACAACUGCGAGGCCAGACGUAAGCUCGGAGUCAGUACCAUUCUUCGCCACAAAUUCAUUUGCACACCCCACUGUACGAGACGUGAACAACAAUCCUCCGAAUGGAAAGAAGUCUACUAGAGCGGAAGGCAAUAACGAGCGCAAUUAUUCUAAUAUGAGCAACAGUUUAAAUCAGAACUCUUCGAAUUACUCGUCCAAAAAGAAGAACAGGAACCAGCAGAAUUCGGGAAACAGAAACAAUUAUAGCGACGUUAACAAGAGCUUUGCGGGCAACGGAAAUCGAGGGUACAAUAACGGUAACGGUACAGCUACCUCAAAUUCUCAAUCAAUGAACCCAGGAGCCCAGUUUCCGUAUGCUGGAACUAAUCUAACAGCAGCCAAAACCGUCAUGAAUAACAUGGUUCGUCACCCUUUGCUGGGCACAUUCAGUGCCGCGGACGUAGUCAGAAGUGACAUGCAGUUGAUGACAGAAUUAGUUAAUAAUAACUUCAUUUCACCAAUCAACUCGAUGCCUUUGCAAAUCAAUCUCAUUCGUGCUCUGAAUGAAACUAUGGCACUGCAAACUAAUUCGUUGCAGGGACUCCAGCGCGAAUCUGCCGCUGUUAAUGCGGCAAAUAAAGGCAAUAAUCCAGCAAUGAGUUCUGGCAAUAAUUCCAUGAUGAAUGGGGUCAUGACGUCAGCAAGUAGCAGCAUGAGUAGCAUGGAUCAGCCAAGAGUGUCCUCGGCGUCACCAGUGGUUUCGGCUCCAACUUCGGUCCCACCAUCUGUAGCGGCACUCAUUGGUUCAAAUUUGACGCCUGUAGUUCCGGUAACAACUCCAGUUGCUGCCCAGAUGGGGCAAAUGGGACUUCUGAAUAUGUUUUCACCAAAUGUUCUCAAUUCGAAUCCGGGCUUUCAAGUACCGUCGUGUGCGUCGGGGCAAGCGUCUCCUGCAAUGUCUCCGAUACAGCAACAGAACCAACAGAUAGGGACUAUUUCGGCUCAGCAGCUGGAGGCACAUUUGAACCCGACUUUCGGACAGCUGUUUAGAAGCAACACAUUGCAGAUGGUGAAUAAUCAAUUAUAUCAGCAGCAUCUCAACAAUUCUAAUCUGUCAGAUGCGGCCAGCUUGUUUCAAUUCUUUCCAGUGAACAAGGUGUUUCAGAACAUGAGCAAUGCUUUAAACAACUCAAGACUUGCGAACCAAUGGCCCACGCCGGUUACGUCAUCGCCGACUCCCGCUGCGACAUCCUACUAUGGGUCAAAUGACAACAACACAGGGACAAACAUGCAACAUCAUCAUCACACAAUGCAGGAUUACAACAAUGGGGUGCAUCAAGGGUAUAACAGUCGAAACAGUCAAGCUCAACAGGGAGCGCAUAACAGUCACGGUGGUCACGAGAUGAAACAGGAGGCACAUAAUAAAGGGACGUCAAAAUAUAAUCAGUCAAGUCGUCAUGAAAGCGAGAAACGAGACGCGAGGGCAAGAAACUUGUAUGAAAGCAUGUCAGAAAUCUCCGAUCGAAAUAAAUCGAUGACUCCAGCUUCACAAAGCCAACAAUCAACAUUAAACACAUCGGAUGACAAUUCUAACAGACGAAGAUUUGCCAAGCGAGACAUGCAGAUGCAGAUACAGCCUAGUUACGGAAAAAACACUAUUUCAUCGCAGUUCCAAUAUCAGAAGCGGUGCAAGAAGGAUACGUUCUGCGUUGUCAUUCCAGACGAAGUGGGAACAUCAGCCUACUAUUGUACAAAUGUACUCUAUGAGAUCCCAAUUCAGAUUUGGAACCCUACAGUUUGGAAGAUGGAGAUCGCAACUAAGAUCAGAAACAGCACGAACACUCGUCAUUUGAUGCCAUUUGCUGAAUACCCUUUCCAGACAGAAGGAAGUUUCUUGUUAGGAUCAAAUGAAACCACUAAAUUGAAAGUAUUCUUUAAAAGCCAAUAUCCUGCGGAUUACGUUGCGGAGUUGGUGGUUGAGGCAAAAUCUCUGAGAAAUAACAUGGACACUCGCCAGGAGUCAUUUGUAAAGAGCGUCAAAAUCAGUGCAAAUGCCGAUGACAUGCACAUUGUGCCCUUCCGGAUGCUUCCAAGCGGGACCUAUUCGGAGAUACCACAUAACCAGUUGAAUCUGCUGCCAAUGAAACCUGGAACCAGCCAGCUGACCGAAGUAAUCGUCCAAAACAGAUCAAGAGUGACUGCCAAUGUCUACAUGGUCAUCAAUCAGCAGCAACAGUCAGGGCCAAGUGUCGGUGUGAGCAAAUUCAAUGAGUUGCAAUUGGAGCGUCCCUUGAGCAAGUUGUCGUACAAUACGCACGGCUAUGUGGAUCUUGGUGCGAACGGCAUCAACUACGAUCAAUUUACGCUCACUUUGAAGACCAAAGUCCCUUUGUAUUGCAAGGACACAAAGGCAAAAGUGAAACUGACUAUAUAUGCUAUCAGUCAACGAGACCAGCAUUUUCUCUGCAAUUUGGAUGUGAACAUACAAGUAGAACAACCAAAGCUGCAUCUCUACACACAACAGAUUGAGAUGCACGAAGAGGUUCUGGAUUGGAGCUUGCCUGUGCGUAACUGUAGUCCUCGAUACCACUACGUGACCUUCAACUGCAACAGUCCCGCUUUCGCCGUCAACCCUGUGGAGAUGGACAUCCCGCCCUACAUGACAGUCCCAGUUACAAUCACUUAUGACCAAGGAGACACCAGGGAACAGGCAUCGGUGGUAAUAACAGUUGAACCAGAAGGACCAGUCUACACCGUGAACGUCGACGGAAGACCGAGGUCGAAACGAUUCCUAGGUUUAAGCGGGGCUGGCGACAACUAUUCGCUCGGAGAUCGAUCAACCCACCCUAUCCACAAGACUACAAGUCUACCAGCUGUGUUACCAUCAAUGGGAUAUGAAGAAGAAACGAAAGCAGGCUACAGAGACCACAUGAAUGACUCAAAUGAUUCAGGAGUGCUGUUUGACUUGACGACUAAAGUGAUUUUGGCCAAUGUGGAGUACCUCUUGUUCCCUCCGAACGGGAAGAACUCUCCCGUUAAAAAGAUGUGUAUUCUGAAGAACAAUUCAAGCCAUGAUGCUAUUCUCCGAUUAUCUAUUGUAGAGAAACGGUUUACCAUUGUAGCAGUUCAUAAAAAUGAAUCCCUGCAUCCGGAGAAGAGUGGGGACACGUUCGAACUAGGUCCACAGGACGUUCUGAAAAUCAUCGUCACCUUUUUUGACUCUCAAAAGGGUCCGCAGAAACAACUGGACUUGAUCAGAGGACAGCUAUCUGUUAAGACAGUUUUUAAAGAAACCUCACUUCUGAAUUCGAGCAGUGCAAUAGGUUUGACAACCAGCUCGUUUGGCGAUACUAUCAACCACCACCGGUCGCCGUUCGGAGAAUUGGUUGCAAAUAACCACUCGCAAUUCAAUCGCUUAAUGGUUGCAUCACAAGAUUACACUGUGUCAACUCACUUUGUUAGCGAUGAUGAAGACUCAGAUAGUCUUAAGUUGCCUUUAAUUGGUUACAGCGGAAGUUCGAGCAUCAAUGUAACAUUAAAACGGGAAGCGAAUGUGGAUAGUUGCUGGAAUCUAGCAGCUACGGUUUCCGUGCAGAACACUGGAGACCGCUUUGCGUAUGUAGCGGUAACGUCUCAGCAUGCAAUUGAAGCCUCUCCUCGCUGUUUCUCUUUGAGGCCCAAAGAUGACGUUCAAAUUGGUAAAUUGAUUUUAAAACCGGGAGUGAAUGGAAAUAUUGUGGAAAUCACGUGGGGAGAUGCUAUUAUCAAGCAACUGUACGAGAAGUUCUGCCACACUAAAUGUGUCUAUGCCAGCAAACAAGUGCACCAGUUUCUCGUUGCGCCUUACCCUGCUACUGACUCGCAAAAUCAGAACAACCAUUUGCCUUCGAAAGAAGACAUGCCUCAUUUGGACCCCUCGGAUCUAAUAGGGAAUAUCUACACGACCGAAGUGAAAAUAGGACCCGAAGUGACGAAUCCGAAAAAUUUGAAAAUGGGAAGUGUAGUCAUGCGAGAUAUUUCUAUCAAAGGUGAGUCACCUUACAGUGACAUGGCAAUGCACCCAAUGAGCUUUGACAAACCGACCGAUGCUGAUUUUCCGCUACUGGUUUCUACUCCUCCAGAGCCGACAAAGGUCGCGAUCGGAAUGGCCAAGCAGAUAAAACCAAAAUGUGAUCCCAUUAAUUUUACAAUCGAUGCCCGUAAUAUUGUAAUGGAACUAAGCAAUACCAGUUUUAACUACAAAAUGCGAAAUUUUUGCAAGAUUGUAGGAUCUUUUACGGUGGCUAACAGUCAUACGGAAUUUCCCUUGGAGUGCGAGAUGACGUGUCAAGACGAAUCAGUGCUCAUUCAGCCGACUGUGUUUCUAGUAGAACCGAAAGCUAGCCAAAAAGUGUUCGUUCAAGCAUAUAUUCAUAACAGACAACUGCCUGAUUUGAAUAUUUACGGCGACAACAGCUCUCUGGAUUCAAAAAAGUGGAACGAGAUUCGUGCUGCGAUGAAGUUUGAUGACAGGAAGGAUGGCAAAAUUAGAAGUCCCUAUGACGAAGCGAUUAAUCUCUACUUGCCAGGAAGUUUCUACAACCAGAAAUUGGCUACUCAUUUGGAAAAACCAGAAGAUGUGCAUAAUCUUGUUGACAGUGAAGACUCGAAUGUAAGUGUUCCGUUGUGGCAACUGACCCUCUCCGAUUCACGCUUCGGUGAUUGCUCAGAAUUGUUUGUGAAGUUCAAAAACUGCUACGGAGAGAGAGUCAAAUGGACGCUGAAGUCUCUCUUCACAUGUGUCAUGACAGUCGCCCUCAAUCGAACUUCGAUGCAUUCCCCUUCGAAAGCACUGUCAGCUGAGGCACAAGAGAGGUCGAGCACCAAACUGGGCCUGUACAGAGUGAAAUAUCCGGUGUUCAGACUGGAGAAGACCUCGGGGUUCCUGAACGAAGGAGAGACGGCAGUGAUUAGGUGUGAGUUCUGGCCCAUUGAGAUCGGUAAAUACAGUCAGCAUUUUGAGCUGAAGCUGGUUUCCAGGUGGAAGGGAGAAGAGGAGUUGAAGAAAACCCAUCGGCUCAUUUUGAAGGGAGCUGGAACCAAUUUGAGUCGCGGGAAGAUGCUGAAGGAUGCCUCGCCGAAGAAGAGGCUGGAGAGAAUUGAGUUCGUGUCGGAUUUGCCGAAGGAGACGAGGGAAAAAUUUUUAGUCACGAUAGACGAAACAGGCGAGAAGAUAUCAUACGAGCCUACAGUAGUCGGCACUCAAGUCAGAAAGUUCGUUUACAUCAAAAACGCAGACGGAAAAAAGCAGCAUAAUGUUUGUUUUUUAAACCCUGAGCCACCCUUCGUUGUUAACCAUGAAAGCUACGUUAUUGGAGCUCGGAGAAUUCUGAAGGUGCCAAUUAUUUUCAAACCAACAGAGCCGGGAACGUUCUCGUGUUUCUUCCUGGUAAUAACGGACACCACCUUGAAAAUGGUUCUACCUGUAAUACUUCAUGGAACUGCGGUUGACAAACCAAAGCAAUUAAAAUUUGCAAGCGAGCCGCUCGCGCUGUCUACAGAACAACUUGUAGCCGCGUCACCCAAGUUCGAAAGAGAGGAAAACUCUGCCAAAAGUGAAGAGUCGAUUGUUAUCCCAGAACACAGCAGCCUAUCCAUUACUGUUUCGGAGCCCAUCUCAGCCCGAAGAGUCAAUUCGGGGUCUAAGAAGUCGUCACCGAGUAGUGUGCUGUCGGUUAUGGCUGAUUCGGAUAUAACGGAGAUAGUGUCCGAGUGUGCGUCGGUGAGUGUCGUGGAAACACAAUACGAGACUGCAGCUGUUUCUGCAGUGCCCGUUUCAAGUGAAGAUUCCAUUGUUGAUAUAGCAAACCCCGAUGCUGCUUCUUAGAUUUUAACUGCAACGCAAUUUGAGCUUAAUCCUCCAUUUUGCUCGAGAAGUCAAUUAUUUGUUUGUCUCAUUUGGACUUGCUCAGACCAAUAUCUGUUUUAUGCAUUAGCUAAAAUUUGACUGGAAGACACUUUGAUCAAGUGCAAUAUUUGACAGUUCAUGCUGUUUUGAGCCUGAAAAGAAACGCCGUUUGUAUAACAUAAUCGCUCCUUAGCGGAAAUUGACUUUGAAGUUGUUUGUGAUGCCCCGCACCGUACUUAUCUCUCUUCUGAUUCUUGCCACUCUAAACUGGUGCUAAUUAAAUGAUGCAAUACUUCCUUAUAUUUUGAAUUAUGAUAUUUAGUCGUAAACAUGCUUUUAGUUUUCUGUUUAUUUGACCAUUUCCCCUAAAUUUAAUCUGAAACUCAUGGUUCUGUAGAUGAGAUUUUACGUGGAAAGGUGGUAAAAAUUGUGUUUUGUUUCAGGUUUCAAUUGAUAUAUGCUGAUUUACAUGACGUUUGUGUUAAUGAACAA